AUGAAGACACAAGAAAAUGCUAAAAGAAGAUAUGAUCAAGAGUUAUCACCUAUAGAAGAAAUUAAAAAAGGAGAGCUAGUAUUGAUAUACAAAGCUUCUCAACAGUAUUCAAAAAGCUAUAAGCUUCAUCCAAAGUGA